CGCAGCCGGGGCCUCGGCCCUCCCAGCGUGGGUGUGCACGGGAGGCAGCAGGUGAAGACGGGAGCCGAGUUCGUGCCGUCGGGGAGGAAAACGUGUCCGUGACUUGAGCAGCGCGUCAGGCACCGCCGCAGACGACUACACCGACCGGGGGGCGCCCGGGCGGCUACGGCGAGCGGGAGGGGGAAGCCGUCGUUGCUGUUUGGGGUCUGGUUUCCCGGUUAGCGCUCUCGGGGCGCGCCGGCGGGGCCGCGGGGCCGGGCGGGGGCACCAUGUCGGCCUUCGAGAAGCCUCAGAUCAUCGCCCACAUCCAGAAGGGCCUCAACUACACGGUGUUUGACUGCAAGUGGGUGCCCUGCAGCGCCAAGUUCGUGACCAUGGGCAACUUCGCGCGGGGCACCGGCGUCGUCCAGCUGUACGAGAUCCAGCACGGGGACCUGAAGCUGCUGAGGGAGAUUGAAAAGGCCAAACCCAUUAAAUGUGGAACAUUUGGUGCAACAUCUUUACAGCAGAGAUAUUUAGCGACUGGAGAUUUUGCUGGAAACCUUCAUGUAUGGAAUUUGGAAGCUCCAGAGAUCCCAGUAUAUUCCGUAAAGGGCCAUAAAGAAAUUAUAAAUACCAUAGAUGGCGUAGGUGGACUGGGAAUUGGGGAAGGUGCGCCUGAAAUUGUGACUGGCAGCCGAGAUGGCACUGUGAAGGUGUGGGACCCAAGACAAAAAGAUGAUCCUGUUGCCAAUAUGGAACCUGUACAAGGAGAGAACAAGAGGGACUGUUGGACUGUGGCAUUUGGCAAUGCUUACAAUCAAGAGGAGCGUGUUGUUUGUGCUGGCUAUGACAAUGGCGACAUCAAACUGUUUGAUCUGAGAAAUAUGUCCUUGCGGUGGGAGACCAACAUAAAAAAUGGGGUGUGCAGCUUGGAGUUUGACAGAAAAGACAUAAGUAUGAAUAAAUUGGUAGCUACGUCCCUGGAAGGAAAAUUUCAUGUUUUUGAUAUGAGGACACAGCAUCCAACUAAAGGUUUUGCCUCUGUUUCAGAAAAGGCCCAUAAAUCAACUGUGUGGCAGGUCCGACACCUGCCACAGAACCGAGAGCUCUUCCUGACGGCCGGGGGCGCCGGCAGCCUUCACCUCUGGAAGUACGAGUACCCUAUUCAGCGGUCAAAGAAAGAUUCUGAGGGAGUCGAGAUGGGAGUUGCGGGCUCGGUCAGCCUCCUGCAGAACGUCACCUUGUCUACCCAGCCCAUUUCCAGUCUCGACUGGAGUCCAGAUAAAAGGGGUCUCUGCAUCUGCAGUUCUUUUGAUCAAAUGGUAAGAGUACUGAUCGUUACAAAACUCCAUAAAAUUUGAUCCGAAGACUUAGGACCUGAAACCUUCCGGAGGAACGCUCAGAGUAUUUAGGACGUGCCCGGGGAUCCUCUGGCCCUCACUGAGCAGAGUUGGAUUUGACGGAUGAAAACAGUCCCCAGAUGCAAACGUCCAGACCCGCCUCCCUCCGGGUGUGAAAAACAUCGAGAGGUGUGUUCCAUCCACCGGACUCGAACUGGUUUGCUGCAGCGUGGGGGGACCGCUGUCUCCAGAGCCGGCGCUGCUCAUCUCUCCUCCAUCUCUAUGAAAAAGUUGGUACUUUUCUGCAUUUAAACAUGUUUUCAAUUUGUUCUUCGACCCCAGAGUUACAUAUUUUACCAUAAUACCUGGUUUCAAAUAGUUCAGUCUCGGUAAAAGUACCAUGAAUUAACCUUCAUAAAUAUACUUUGAGAGAUUUCAGUGUCAGUACGUUUCUGUACAGACUAUUACUUUAUAAAAUACCGAAAUGGCACGGUCAGACUAGAUUUGGUAACUGUUUUCAGCUGUAAGACUCCUAAAACGAAAUAUUUACCAAGUGAAUAUUUAUAGUGACCUCUUUUUACCUAAAAAACAGGAGUCAAAUUAGACUUGCUUAUUGGCUGGUAAGUGAUGUUGAGAUGUAGAAGAUUAUGGGGGUUUUCUAGCCUUAUUUUUUUGUCAAAUCUUUUCAUAUAUUUUAUAAAUAAAUUUGUUUUUGAAAUCUG